UCUUUAUUAACAUGUAGCAUUGAAGCCCUAGAGUGCAGCAGGAUGUGUUUGGUCUGUGCUGCUGCUGUCCUUGCCUUGUCUGUGUGUCAGGGUGUCCCUGUCAGUUCUCUUAUUCUGCAUUUCACACUGUGAAAGUGGGUUUGUCUGGGGAAAUUAACCUGUUCCAGGUAGGUUUCUGUGUAAAUCAGUCACCCUGACUUGACCAGCAGUUAGUGCAGACACAAGUGGAUAAAACAGCAGGGAAGAGUAGGACAAAGCUCCAUAGCACUGACAUGGUCUCCAAAUGCUUUCUGCCACACAAAUGUAUUCUAAAUAUGACUGGGACAGAAAAUGUGCAAUUGAGUAUUGGACUACUGCUGUGUCCUGUGGAUGUGUUGUAUUUUAUACUGAUAAAAUCCAGAUAUCUUACAUUUAAAAAAUUGGUUUCUGGAGCACCAGCAUAAUGUGCUUGUUGGAUGCUUCUUCUGUAGCUUGGAUUCAGCAGACAGAAUUCCUCACUGCAGUGAAGUAUGUAGGUAGGUAUUUCCAGGGCCUGUACAUCCAUAUGAAGUAGUAAAGUCUAGUUUCAUUGCUUUGUUCUCAAGAAAAAAUUCUGUGGCAGAUAGAAGAAAUGUUUUAAAGAAAUCUCUUGGCACAUUUUCAAGUUUAGCUGACUUGGACCCUAAUGUGCUGUAUUACUUAUGAAAUAGUACAAGUACAGAAUAUUAUAAAAGGUAUUUCUGACCUGGGGCUGGGAUUGUUGCAUUAUUCAUGAGUAAAGAAGUUAUGAGUGACUUAUGUAAGACAUCCUAUUAAAUGUCUAAUAGAACCUUGUAUAAUACCAUCAAGUAUUGUAUGCUAGCUGUGUUUCUUAAGCACAUUGCCUGUGGAAGUGUUUUAGGUGGAAAAAUGGAUUGAAUGGAUGGAUUCAUAAUGAACGGGUUCCUGAUGCUGAGGUUGCUUGAUACCGUGAAUCCACUUGUAUAAGACUUGAACAAAGAAAAUAACAUUCUUGCUUUUGCUUUGCUUUUGCUAAAGAUCACUUGAUACAUGGAGUUUCUUGUGACCAAGGAUAGGACGUUAAUAUUAAGUCUGUUUUUCCUUGGCUUCCAUGUGUGAGAAGGAAAGUGACACUUUGAUGUUAGGAGUAUUCUUUUUGUUUAGUUCCUAAAAGGUAAUGUUUGAAUCUGUUCCACAGUUUAGAAUCACUAACAAGCUAGAAUUUAGUAACUAAAAUGUAGACUGUAAGGGGGAUGUUCAGAGGUGUAUUAUAAAUGCCAUUUAUCCAUUGGGGAGAUUAGUGAGCAAGUCUAAAAAUUAUGUCACUGUUGUCACAUUAUGCCAUAAUAGAAAAGUACUUUUUCAAGACAGUAACACUGUUAAACACAGUUUAACUUUUCAGUCAGAUACAUUAUAGAUCAUGUUCUCUUAUGUUUCUUGUUUUCAAUUCAGGAGGGCUGAACAUUCUGAAAUAGCAGGGGGAAGAAAAGUGUCAUUUUUGAAGGAUAACCUUUCACCAUGGGAAGAAUGGUUCAUUAGCAAAGAGAAGGAGUGGCGUGCCCGCUUGCAAGCUAGAGCUGCAGAGGAAAUGAAUAAAGAGCUUGAGAAAAUGAAGGAAAAUCAAGAAUAUGAAAGAAGAAAAAGGAUAGCUGAAGAGAAACACAAGGAAUGGGUCCAGAGAAAAAGAGAAGAGGAAAGAAGAGAGAGAAAACGAGAGAUGAGCAAAGAAAUGGCAGAAAAAGCCACAAGGGAACUAGAAAAAAUGCAGUUACAAGAAAAGGCUGACAUAAAGUAUAAAGAGUGGUUAAAGAAGAAGAGAGCUGAAGAGGCAGAAAAGAAGAAAAAAGAGAAGGAGAAAGAAAGAGAACGGGAGGCUGAGCUACAGGAGAAGAGAACAAGAUCAGAGAAAAUCUUUAAGGAAUGGCUGCAAAAUGCUAGGAAUAAACCACAACCUGCUUUAAAUGGUUAUGGUUUCCCACAUGGGAAGUCUACAGGGAGUGCUGAUAGAAAUUUGUAUCCAGCUCCAGCAUACUGUAACCCCAUUCCUUGGAAACCAAUACAUGUGCCUCCCCCACAGGAAGACAGUGUUCUUACCAUGAAGAAGAAUAAGAGACCUGUAUCCUGUCAGCCACAUGCAUCUUUACCAAUGGUCAUUUCUAAGCCCAAGAAUAACCCUUGUGUUGGAUCUCUGAGCAGAAAGAAAUUCUAGUCCAUGAAGGUAAAGUUCUGUGUAGUUAAAGGUCCAAAGCAAAUUGCUUUGUGCUUUUUUUUCUUUUUUCCAUUUUUAUAAGCAGGUUUUUGUGUUUACUGCUAGUUGACCAAUCAGGCUUUUUAUGGUUUUUUCUAUAUUGCAUUUUAGUGAAAAAAAGGGAAAAGAUAAAUUGUAAUGGGACUGUACCUCAAUACCAAUAAAAUGCACAAGAUUGUU